AUGUCGACAAAUAUUGUGCCCACUGGAUUAGGUUGUCCAGAGAAUCGACCCACGCUGGACCGUAGUUUUAGGAGUUGUUUCCGCCUCGCCUACCAGUCUCUCAGUCUCUACCCCUACAUGUGCACCAUGCGCGUCAUAAACGAAAGAGGAUGGGGCGGCCCAAGUGGAGAAAUCCUCACCAAAGUGAAUCGCAGAUAUGUGAAGAUAGUCACGCUCGAUAUUAAAGCCCUUGACGAGCUACUUGAAGAAAGCACCUUCUCAUUAGGAAGAUUGCAGACUCUAUUUGUACCUUGUUCUUCCCACCAAAGAGAGAAAAAGAGGAAAAGAGAUGAAAAUACGAGAGAAGGAGACGUCAAACUGGAAGAUACGAGGGGUGUCUUUGCGAUGACUUGGACACCCGUUGAGAGGUAUAUUAGACGGUGGUCGUCCGGACGCCAACAUCACAACCCUACACGCCGUGCUACGAGCACCAGUUGUCCUCAUCUGAUAUCAGCGAUCCAACUGCGCUCUUUCUAUCAACCAAGCAAGAUGAUGCAUCGUCAGCAAAGGAGGUCAGCCUCUCAGUUCUUGUCUUCUAACUCCUUCUCAACGGAACGCUUGUCUUCGACGUUCUCGAGGUCAGCUUCGCAGCUGUCAUCUCCAGCAUUAUCGUCGACGUGUUCAACAUCCUCCACGUCGACUUGUCCAGUUCUAUUGUCAGUACUUGCCUGGUCCAUGACGCUUCUUCUGGUAUCCUCAUGUCUGGGAAUCGCAGAUGCAGGAGUACUAAUGGGUCAUCCGUUCAGCAAGAGGUCCUUCAUGGAUAUCCAGUGCAAGGGUGUCUACGACAAAAGUCUAUUCGCCAGGCUGGACCGCAUCUGCGAGGACUGCUACAACCUUUUCCGAGAGCCACAGUUGCACACGCUUUGCAAAAAGAACUGCUUCACGUCAGACUACUUCAAGGGCUGCGUGGAAGUUUUACAACUGGAGGACGAAAUGGAACAGAUACAAACAUCCAUCAAACAACUCCACGGAGCUGAUCCCGGGGUUUAGGCAAAACUGCUUCAGCACCGAAUACUUUACGAGCUGCAUCCAAGCGCUGCUGCUUGAGGACGAGAAAGAAAAGUUCCAGGAGAUAGCCGAGUACCUUGGCCGCAAGAAGUAAAGGGAG